CCGUUUUUCUGUCUUGCACGCGCUAUCCUGUCGGUGUAGGUUAAAGAUUAACCCAAACCGUGACUUGCUGGUUUUUAAAGCCAUUUCCGUUUGGUCAAGUCAAAACAAAACACGUCACAGCUUUACUCCCACUGCACCCCUACCCGAAGGCUUUGUGUACGGAGCUUUGUCUGUGUUUGGCUAGCCUGGACUGACAAAAAAAAAAAAGGGCAAUACAUCGAUUGUGUGACAGAUGGGGGGGGCUCUUUUGUAUGAAAUCCUCACCAACAUGACCUCCAGCGUCAUGCGUAGAGUUGCGCGUACCGAGUGGGAGUUGUCUGCUGCUGGAUAAACGCAUUGUUGUGCUGGGGGGAUGUUCCAUCCUGUAACGCUGCUGUUCCUGCUGUUUGCCUCUGCAGCCUUUGAAUGGCCUACAAAGGGAGGAACUGUGUCUUCUCUGUAGAAAUUUGCACAGAAACCAGCACGGACACCAAGCAGACCUCUUUCUGUUUUAGGUGAAAGGACCAAAGUAUCCCCCCUCGCUGGAUGAUAACAUUGUGCAGGGAAUGAGAACCGUUUCUCGGGCCGUUGCUUUGUAAGGCUGCUGACUAGCUACCUACUAGCAAAACUGUCCGUUUAACCGAGCAUCACGGAGAGUCAAGAUGAAGAAGAAAGCUCGGCAGCACCGGCCCGCGGUGCCGCAGAGGGCGCAGUCUCCAAUCAAGCCCUCUCCCAACAAGCAGAUCCUGACCUACGCCCAGGCGCAGCGCAUGGUGGAGUUCGAGCUGGACGGCCGCAUCCACCGGCUAAGCAUAUACGACAAGCUGGAUGUGAUCUCUGACGACGACCCCAUGGUCCAGGAGAUGAUGGAGUGCACCAGCAACAAGGAGAACGCCGACAAACCUCAGCAGCAGGUCCGCCAGAGGUCGGCCAGACUAAAAAACAACCAAGAGAAGAGAAAUGCUGCGCUGGGCAUCGCCGGCAACGCGGAGGGCGGUGGGCAUCACGCCGCGGGUCCUGCCGCGCCAAAGCUCCCCGAGCCGAAAUUUCGAGUUGUCGAAUACAACCUUCCCGCGGUUCCCAAGCGCCCAGCCGCGUUUUACAAGUACAUAGAGAAGACGGAGGAGGAGCUCGAUGAGGAGACGGAAUACGACAUGGACGAGGAGGACUACGCCUGGCUGGAGUUGGUGAACGAAAAACGCAAAAGCGAAGGGAUGAGUCAGGUUUCCCACAACGUUUUCGAGUUCCUGAUCGACCGUUUCGAGAAAGAGCUGCACCUAGAGAGUCUGGACCAAGCGAGCGAGAAGCAGCCCGCCGUCGACGAGGACGCAGUUUGCUCCAUCUGCAUGAGCGGCGAGUGCCACAAAGGCAACACCAUCCUGUUCUGCGGCGUGUGCGGCGUGUCCGUGCACCAGGAGUGCUACGGCGUCCCCUACGUCCCAGAGAGCCACUGGCACUGCAGACACUGCCUCCAGUUGCCGACCCAGCCGGCGGGCUGCAUCCUCUGUCCCAACAAGGGGGGAGCCGUGAAGAAGACAGACGACGAUCGGUGGGGCCAUGUGGUCUGCGCCCUCUGGGUGCCAGAGGUCGGCUUCGCCAACACCACCUUCAUCGAGCCCAUCGACGGCGUCGGGCAGAUCCCGUCCGCCCGCUGGAAGCUCACCUGCUACAUCUGCAAGGAGAAGAGCGUGGGUGCGUGUAUCCAGUGCCACAAGGCCAACUGCUACACGGCCUUCCACGUCACCUGCGCCCAAAAGGCCGGCCUCUUCAUGAAGAUGGAGCCGAUCAACGAGGUGAUGGACACGGGAGAGCCCAUCCUCUCCGUCAAAAAGACCGCCUACUGUGGAGCGCACACGCCCAACGGAUGUGUGAGGAGGCCGCUCUCCAUCUACGAAGAUGCCAAGCGUAAAAACGGAUUCUGUAAGAGGGCGAAUAAAGGCAGGGGAGACGAUAAAGAACAUUGCAAGGGAAAGCAGCCGCAGAAGAAGAAAGGCAAGAGCAAGAAGCCUGAACCUGACGAGGAAAAUGAGGUUGCAGCUCCUGCUACUGUGCCUAGUUUUCCUGCUCACAGGCUCCAAACCAUUCUGAACCAGGUGUCCAUACAGAAGAAGAGAGCUUUUGUGGAACUGGUCCUAAAUUAUUGGACCCUGAAAAGACGAUCCAGGAACGGAGUCCCCCUGAUCAGACGCCUUCAGACCUGCCUGCAGGCACAGAAGAACUCACAGCCGAGGCAGAACGAGGAGGAAAGCAGAGCGCUGAAGGAACAGCUGAAGGAAUGGCACCGCCUCCGACACGAUCUGGAGAGAGCGCGGCUGCUGCUGGAGCUGAUUCGCAAGAGGGAGAAGCUAAAACGGGAAGAGAUUAAGCUACAUGAAACCGUCCUGGAGAUGAAGCUAACGCCGUUUAGCAUCUUGCUCCGGGCUCUGUUGGACCAACUUCAGGCCAAAGACCAGGCCAAGAUCUUCACCCAGCCUGUGGAUGUCAAUGAGGUCCCAGACUAUCUCGACCACAUCAAACGCCCAAUGGACUUCUCCACCAUCCGGCAGCGCAUCGACGCCCAGGCCUACACCAACCUGGAUCAGUUCGAGGCCGACUUCAACCUCAUCGUCGACAACUGCAUGAAAUACAACUCCAAGGACACCUACUUCUACCGGGCCGCCAUUCGCCUCCGAGACCAGGGCGGCGUCCUGCUCAGGAAGGCCCGGCGGGACGUGGAGCAGAUGGGCUUCGACGCCGAGAGUGGCAUGCACUUGUCGGAAGCUCCCGAAGUCAAAACGCCGCCGUCGUUUUCUUGGGAAGACGUGGACCGUCUGCUGGUGCCAGCCAACCGGGAGCACCUUCCCCUGGACAAGCAGCUGCAGCUGCUCCUGGAGAAGUUCGACCUGACCUGUGCCAUGAAGACCAGCCCGUCCCGCAGCAAGCGCCUCAAGCUGCUUAAGAAGACCAUCAGCGACGUGCGAAACGAAAUCAGCCUGAAGAAGCUUCUGCCCUCUCACCACCACAGUUCUGCCUUCGCAGCCGCUCCGUCCCCUCCGGAGCUGGACAAAUCCACAGAGGACAAACAGAAACCCAACGGGCAUUUUCAAGAUGACGAAGGAGACAAGUCUCUUCCUCCUAAACUGGAGCCGCCGGACGCUCUACCCCCGCUCCUCCGCUCAGACGCCGACUCCGAACCCCCCACCCUCAAACCGAUCGUCGAUGCCCUGGACGGCGCGGAACAGACUCGCAGCAAGCGGCCGCGGUUGGACGGGGACGCGGCGGAGCUGCUGUCCUCGGCUCCACGCCUCAACGGCCACUCCCUGCAGAGCGCCCUGUUGGACGGCGACGUGAGCGUGCUGGCCACGCCCACCUUCGCGGAGCCCACGGGCACGGCCAACCACCGGACGGCCGUCGUCUUCCACAAGUCGAAGGCGGCCGGAGCGCACGGGCCGCCCGAGAGCGAAGACAGGGAGGACGACGGGGCCGACGGCGGGUCAGGCGAGCAGGACGGGGAGAAUAAGGACGGCUCCCAGCUCGGCGCCAAAUCUUUCCUCUCGGUUGUCAUACCGCGGCUGGAGACGCUGCUUCACAGCAAGAAGAGGAAGCGCAGUGGCAGCAGAUGCAGGGAGGUGGAGGAAGAGGAGACUGAACACACAGACGAGGGGGCGUCUCCCAGGAAAAGACUCGACACUGGCCUGUCGAGAGGUUUCCUGGAGCUGGAUGAGGAGAAAGAAGUAGAAAAAACACGGCGGACCAGCAGAGCGGUGGAGCCGCGACGGCGCUGUGCCUCCGAGUCCUCCAUAUCUUCAUGCAGCAGUCUACAGGGAAGCGCCAGCACCAUUCUCAGUCUUCCAAAAUGUGGAAAGGGGAAACCAGCUUUAGUCCGAAGAAACACUGUGGAUGAUAAGAGUGAACUCAUCGCCUGCAUUGAAUCAGGGAACUUUGCCAAAGCUGCUAGAAUUGCUGCAGAGGUCGGCAACAGCAAUAUCUGGAUGCCGGCUAGUGCUGCAACAGUUGCCCUGGAACCUUUGAAGCUAGUCUGGGCCAAAUGCAGCGGCUACCCUUCCUACCCUGCUUUGAUCAUCGACCCCCACAUGCCACGCGUCGGCUGCCAACACAACGGGGUGUCCAUCCCCAUCCCCCCCAUGGACGUGCUCCGAAUCGGAGAGCAGAUGCAGUACAAGGCCGAGGAGAAGCUCCACCUCGUCCUCUUCUUCGACAACAAGCGCAGCUGGCAGUGGCUUCCCAGGUCCAAGAUGGUUCCUCUUGGCAUCGACAAAACCAUUGACAAGAUCAAGCUGAUGGAAGGCCGCACGUCCAGCAUCCGUAAAGCGGUCCAGAUCGCCUUCAGCCGCGCCAUGAACCACCUGAGCCUGGUGCAGGACGAGCAAGUCAGCGACCUCAGCGACGUCGACUGAGGAACAAGACCACUAACCAAAAAAAGCUCCUCCCCACAAACCCACACACACUCACUCCUCAUUCCCCUCCUUCUGUCUCUGCGGGAGACUUCGAUGUUUACUGGGCACCUGCUGUAACAGGUGGUGUCAGAAAUGAAUGUGUCCGUAUUUCCUCACCCUCCUCUCCGCCCUUUCUUUCAGCCUCGUGACUGUGCCAAGGUGGAGGCGUUUUUCUCCCCCCCCCCUCUUCCUCCACUCUCAAUCCAAACACCUCCACUGCCAUUUUUUGUUGUUGUUGUGAACAGCUGAUAUAGUUUGUUUUGGUUGCCUUACAGAAUCCCGUUAAUUUGAAUAAAAACCUAUUAAGCUUAUGUCAUUCCCACAGUUUUUAAGUCUGUUGCUUUCUUUUGUAUUUAAACUGUAAAUAACCUGUACAGUUGCCUGACACUAACUUAUUUUUUAUUUGUUGAACAUGCCAUUGGUACUGUACAGUUUGUUUUUUUUCAGUAUUUAGUAAGUUUUGCUUGAAUGAUCGAAAAGAAUAGAAAGUUAGGGCUCAAGUGUCUUGUUUAAAAAAAAAAAAA